CCGGAAGCAGACGCUCCUCCUUCCCGCGCCUGUCUCUCCAAGAGUGGUAACGGUUGUGGCGCGUGCCGCCUCGGCCAUGGCGUGCAGACGCGGGGCGCUGGUGGUGCUGGAGGGUGUGGACCGGACCGGGAAGACCACGCAGAGCCGGAGGCUGGUGGAAGCGCUGAAGGCAUCUGGGCAUCUCGCCGAGCUCCUGCGAUUCCCGGACAGAACAACAGAAAUUGGGCGGCUAAUUAGCUCCUACUUGGAGAACAAGAGCAAUUUGGAAGACCACACAGUGCAUCUGCUUUUCUCUGCUAACCGCUGGGAACAAGUGCCAUUGAUUAAAGAGAAGUUAAAUCAAGGCAUCACUCUAGUGGUGGACAGAUAUGCCUUUUCCGGGGUGGCCUUCACAAGUGCCAAAGAGAAUUUCUCCUUGGAUUGGUGCAAACAGCCUGAUGUAGGGCUUCCAAAGCCAGAUUUGAUCCUAUUUCUUCAGUUGAGCACGUUGGAGGCAGCAAAACGAGGGGACUUUGGAAAUGAACGCUAUGAGAACAGCUCCUUCCAGGAGAAGGUUCUACAGAACUACCACCAUCUGAUAAAGGACAAGACUUUAAACUGGAAGAUAUUCCUGAUGGCUGGGCCUUACCUGGUGUGAGAUUCAGAACAUCAGGGCUGGAAAAGUGUGAUGGCUGAUGUUCUACCAGUUCAAACAUUGGCAGAGCUCCUCUUAGCAGGGACAGCUGUGGAGUGAACACAGAAGCCAGCCUAUUAGCACAAAUAUGCUGCCAAUCAAGGAUAAUAGUGACAGCCUCUUCACUCAGGAGCUGGAAGAAAGGUGAACAAUGUGACAGAAAAACUGACUAAUAUGUUCCUCUUCUCUACCUUUAAACCCCUGCCUUUUCUGGAAGGGAGCAUUCAGCUAGCUGGUUUCUAUCACUAGACAGCAAGGGAUGGCAAAGAGGAUCCAUGCUGCCUUUGGCCCUCCUUCCAGUUGGUAAGGAAAGAUCCUGGAAGAGCAGUACAGCAGAAUACUUAUUUUAAAAGGGCAUUCAUGUGUAGCGAUUUCCUGGUGUAGAGAUUGAGAGCAGACCUAUCCUAGGAGCACCAAAUACACACAAACACCAAGAAGGGUAAUUAGAGCCUCACAGCGUCCAAGGCAAACAGCAAGGCUAGCCUUGGGAAAUACUCAAGACAUUAUCAGGGAGUGGUUAUAUUCUUCAAGCUAAAUGAGUUAGUUCUGAGGGUUCAGCUUCUAAGCCCAAACUAACCAAAACACAGCUUAACUAUCUCUACAACCUGAGACUGUUAAAGCCACCAAACCUCAAAUUAGGCAAGGAUGGGGCAUGGUUACUAUAUGGACCUGAGACUCCCAUCAACCUCCCUUCUCACAUAUUUCC